UCAGCCGUCCAAUCGAACGCGUCUUGUCUCCCCACCUCUCUCUACUAAUUCGGUCAUCUGACAUACUGCAGAAAACAAGUGACCCCAACAACUUUCACCCCCCCAUAAAUUACUCUCUCCACCUUUCACACACAACCACACUACUUUUCACUGUAAAUUCUUUCUUUGGACCGUUGGGUUCUGGAAGAAAGAACAACAAAAAGUCAAAUCUUUAUCCGCGUUCUUUGAGUUUUCUGACUCGGUUUCUUCAGUUGCUGUGUCAAGCUUUGUGUUGUGGUGCGUGGUUCCCCGACAGAUACAUUUUCUUCGUCUUGGAAGAAUUCAUUGCUAUUUUCAACUCACGUCGGAAAGUUUGACUUUGACAUGGCAGAAAUGAUUUGACUUCCAUUUGAAGUUUUGUGGACAUUAACACAGAAAAUGGGUGACCCAAUUUCAGCCCGAAAAAGUCAUGACACAACAUUGAGAAACAGAUUUGAAUUAGAAAAACGUCGCCUUUCUUAUGACAACUAUCAUUCUGAAGCCAUGAAGACCCGAUCAAAUUUGGUAUCAUCACCUUCUAUUCAUACCCAAAAGCAAUCUUUUAGAACAAAAGAUGAAAUAGUUAGAAACAUAUCAAGUUUACCAAGUUACCUUGAGUCAGGUAAAGCUACCCCUGAUAGAGCUUUAAGUUUUGGAGUCUUGGAUUAUGGGAGAUUAGAAAAAUGGCAAUAUCAGAAUCUUAAACAUGGGACAAUUAAAAGUAGCAAAUGUUCAACCACUAGUAGUGUAUCUUCUUCUUUAUUUUCAACUGAUGCUUCAUCUCCCCAAUCCACCAUAGGUCAAAGCUGUUCUCCUGCUCCACGUGUAACUUUACAAUCUCAUUUUAACAUAUCAAAUUCUGGGAAUCUUGAAAAGCUUCAAGAUUUUAAAGAUUCUGAAAAGAAAACGUUAGAAACCAAGCGAAAAGAUCACAAAACAUACAAUUCUUGUCCACCCAAGAUUCCAGAAUCUAAAUCAUCCAUGAAUAUGGGAAAUCGUCAAACAAAUUUGUCAUCUUUGAAGGGAAAAAUGAAGAUAAAAAAUGAGGUGGGAAGUGAUGAAAGGCCUACAAAUUGUGCAAAAGAUUCAGUUGUCAUCAAGACUUUACAAAUGGAACCUGAAUCUUCAAGAAAUCAAAGUAGUACUUCAACAAGUCAUGUUCUUGAAGAAAAAAGAUCAUCUUUUUCUUCCAAGAUUUCAAAUCUUGAUACUAGGAAACAAAGAAGCAUGUCUCCACUUCGUCGAUUUAGCUUUACAAUGAGCUCUAAGUCACCAAUUUCUCAAAAAUCAACAACGGGUAAUACAUGUGUCUCAAAUCGAUCUUCUUCAAGUCCUUUAAGAAGGUUAUUGGAGCCCCUAUUUCCAUCAAAAGCAACUAACACUCAUCGGGAAACUGUCGCGAAAGUAUCGGGAAACUGUCGCGAAGUUAUAACUGAUUCAAAGCAAGGUCUUUUUCAAACAGCUAUCAAGAAUGGGCGUCCUAUGUUCACAUUUGCAGUUGAAAAUAGCAACGCCCUUGCAGCAACAGUUAGGGAUUUAAGUAAAAAUAACAACACUUGGAUUUAUACAUUCUUCACCAUUGAUGAGGUCAAGAAAAAGAAUGGAAGUUGGUUAUCUCAGAGCAAAAAGGACAAAGAUUAUGUCCCUAAUGUAAUAGCUCGAAUGAAGGUUUCAAAUCGUGUGGUUUCUAAUUCAAAUUCAAACACUCGGGAGUUUGUUUUGUUUCCUGUAGACAAAAGUCAACCAAAUGGUCAAAUAUCAAAUGUCCAACCACGUGAUGAGCUGGCAGCCAUUGUUGUGAAGUUUUCAAAGGUUGAUGAUAAAGAAGAGAAAUCAGAAGGAUUUAACACAACGGUGGUGCUACCUGGCGGCAAUCAUGGUGUUUCAAGUAAAGGAAGGCCUACACCGCUAAUUGAGCGGUGGAUCACUGGUGGUGCAUGUGACUGUGGUGGUUGGGAUUUGGGUUGCAGAUUAAGAACACUCACAAACCAGGUGGAAUCUAGGAGAAGAUCAAAUGCAAAAAGUGGUCAAUUUGAGCUUUUCUUUCAGGGAGAUAACUUAAAUGAGAGAAGCUUCUUCAGUCUUUGUCCAUUAAAGGAAGGGAUAUAUUCGGUUGAAUACAAUUCAUCUCUUUCUGUUUUACAAGCAUUUUCUAUCUGUAUAUCGGUUGUGGAGUGCAGGAAAUCAACUCAGGAUACAGAGUCAAGAACAUACAUUGCUAAACAAGUAGAUGAUCUGAAUCCAUUAAGUUUUGCUUCAUUUCCACCUCUUUCACCUGUUGGAAGGGUUUAGAAUGGGGUUAUGUUCUUUGUUAUAAUGUAGUUAAAUAGUGUAGGUGGUUUGAUGUGUAUUAAGAUAACAAUGGCUCACAAAGUGUUGCAUUUACUUGUGUAUAAGUAAUGUGAUAACAUAUGGUAUUUUUGUUAGCUUAAUAUUUUGGUAGGUGGUAUUUAUUUAGUCCAUAACUCUUGAAUAGUAGGUGCUAUCUUUUGUGUUAA